AUCCUUAUAAGAUAUAGACAAAUUUAUCCACUUUCCUCCCCUCUUUCCCUCUAUCUGUCUUCUCCUUCUCUCUUUUUUCUCUCCCUAGAACCAGCCAUCCAUGGAGUCAAGGAAAAUUCUCGACCCAAACCCGCUUAUUCCGACACUCGAACCCCGACGACGUCCCCCAAACUACGUCGUUUUACACCUACCCUUCAACCUCCCUACUUUUGACCCCCCUGUUUGGAAAAAAAUCUACAAGACUACUCUCUUCCUACUAAUCAUUGCCACAUCUACCUUCGUACUAUGGCCGUCGGAUCCCGACGUAAAGAUCGUACGAAUGAGGACGCACCACGUAAGGAUCCACACUCGCCCGCGUAUAUCUGUCGAUGUUUCGUUGGAUGCUACGGUUAGGGUGAGGAACAAGGCGGUGUACUCCAUGGACUACUCUAGCCUCGACGUGGCGAUCGGGUAUAGGGGGAAGGAGCUAGGUCACGUGAUGUCCGGUGGAGGCCACGUGAGGGCUAAAGGGUCGUCUUACGUGGACACGAGAGUGGAGUUUACUAGGGUGGAAGUUGUUAGGGAGUUGAUUUACUUGGUGGAGGACUUGGCUAAAGGGUUUAUUCAGUUUGAUACUGUCACUCAAGUUGAUGGUUCCUUCGGUUUCGCCUUCUUUCAAGUUCCCCUUAAGGGUAAGAUAUCAUGUGAAAUUGUUGUGAGCUUGAAGCAGCAGACACUCACAAGUCAAAAUUGCUACCCUGAGUUGGAGGAAAAGCGUGACGCCUAGUUUGGAAGGCAAGAAAAGGGCAACUCGAUCGAUCAUAUCGUGUUAAUAAGUAACUUAGUGAAAUGAUAUUACUAUCUACACGUUUUAAGUUUGGGUGCAAAGUUCUAGCUCUUAAGCUCUAAACAGAACUUUAUACACAUAUAGGUCAUUAGGUCUUGUGCAUAAAGUCAUAUAAUUAAUUAAUUAUAGCUUUAUUCGGCUAUAAAAUUAUGUACAAUUAGAUGUAUGUUAAACAAAGUUUCUCCAUGUAAUGGGAGAUUAAUUGACGUGAUCAUAUGAAGAUUAAUUCGAUGGAGGGAUUGAUCUUUUAUAUAUGAUCCUAGUUGUGUAAUCUACAUUUAGUAACAAUUAUGUAAUUGUGUUAAUUUGUAUGUACUAAAGACUAGUAAUGUAUGUUAGCUUGAAAGUCAUUUCACAA